AUGUUUACCCAACCAGUCGCCUCACCACCGCCUUCCAUGGGCCCAGGCUCGUCCGCGUCGACCAGCAACCCCUCGUCUACAAGCCGCACGAGUCGUCUCCGGGGCCUCAGCUAUUUGCGCAAUUACACCCACAACCAUAUUCUCUCUAGAGAACACAGUGCCGCCAACAGCCAACCUGCCUCCCUCUCUUCCACCCCGCCCAGUCAGCAGCCCGCCAUCCAGGCUCGUCGAAACACUCUCACGCGCUCUGUCAGCUAUUCGUCCGCUCCAUCCACACCUUCGGCCAUCGAUGCAACAUCCAACCCUUUAUCCCUCGUUGCCUCGCACCAGGAACCUAUAACUGCUCCCAGAACCAAGCCACCGACCCCGCCUCCAGCAACGAUCCCCGAGCAGGCAGCUGCAGAGUCUUCCUCAGACGCCCAAGCAUCCCCAAGCGCCAACGGCAACGAGGUAGACAUGGAGGAGCCGAUGCCGGAGCCCAGGACGACGAGGCUGAGGUCUUCGACUACGGGCGACGUCGCCGCCAUGGCGGCUGCUGUUGCCAACGUCGCUGCCAGCACCUCGACCCACGAUGCCUUGCCGUCCAUCCGGUUCUCUGCUUACUUCGACCCCCGCGCCACGCGGCCCAGCUUGUCGUUCUCGCCCGUGGCCCGAACACUGCCUUCUGGAGGCGAGACCAUUCGCGUUGGGCGAUACUCGGAGCGAGAGAACCAGCCGGCCGUCCCCCACAACGUCCCGUCAGCCGCACCCGUGGGUUUCAAGAGCAAGGUUGUCAGUCGACGUCAUUGUGAAUUUUGGUACGACCAGGGUAAGUGGUACAUCAAAGAUGUCAAGUCUUCAUCUGGUACCUUUCUCAACCACAUCCGCCUGAGUCCCCCCGGCACAGAGUCAAAGCCGUUCCCUAUCAACGACGGCGACAUUGUGCAGCUCGGUAUCGAUUUCAAGGGCGGCGAAGAAAUGAUCUUUCGCUGCGUCAAGAUGCGGUUGGAGUUGAACCGAGGCUGGCAGAACAAGCCCAAUGCAUUCAAUGUCCAAAAUCACAAGCGUCUGCGCAACUUGACGUCCUCUGCCAACUCGACAAACUCGACGCAAGACUGCUCGAUUUGCCUCAACUCCAUUGCCCCCUGCCAGAGCCUCUUCGUCGCGCCGUGUUCGCACACAUGGCACUACAAGUGCAUCCGCGCUCUGCUCAACACUCCACAGUAUCCCACAUUUGUCUGUCCAAACUGCCGUAUGGCCGCGGAUUUGGAAGCCGACAUCGAGGAUCCAGACGAAGACUGGGACGUCGAGGCCGAGGAGUCGGAGAAGAAAGAAGACGACGGGUCUGGUGCUGACGCCAAGAUGCCCGCUUCGGAUCCCUCGCAAGAUGUGCAGGAGGCGAGACCUGCAGGCCGGGCCAGCAGCGACGGCGACGAGCCUGUGGACGUGACUGGACGUCAGGAGGAACGCGCGACCCGCAACACAGCUGCCGACCGAAGCACGCUGAUUCCGAGCUCUGUAUCGCAGCCCAUGACAAUACGAUCGCCAUCAGGGCCUCUGCAUCUCACAAAUGGUUUGUCACGCGAUAGGACGCCGUCGCCGCCGGGACAGCCCCACCUGAAUGGCCACGAAGGCCCCAUCACGCCAAGAAAUGACGCGGGGCCAUGGGUGUUUGACGGCAGCGCCGCCGGCAGCCGAAACGCGUCAAUGUCUGAGGAGGCAGGCGGUAUGCGCUCACUAGAUGCUGCCACGGAGAUGGAUGUCGACAGAUAG